CUGCAGGAUCUUCACAUGCAACGCGCAUGCGCAGUCACUAACAUCCGGGUCUCCUCGGACAAGGAUGAACGCCAAUUUCCAAGAUGGCGGCGGAGGGAGGAGGGAAGGAGAUGAACGAAAUUAAAACUCAGUUCACCACCCGAGAAGGCGUUUACAAACUCCUCACUCACUCCGAGUACAGCCGGCCGAACAGGGUGCCCUUCAACUCGCAAGGGUCCAACCCGGUAAAGGUCUCCUUCGUCAACGUGAACGACCAGUCCGGCAACGGCGACAGGAUCUGCUUCAAUGUGGGCCGGGAACUCUACUUUUAUAUCUACAAAGGCGUCAGAAAGGCUGCUGAUCUUAGUAAGCCCAUAGACAAGAGGAUAUACAAAGGAACGCAGCCGACAUGUCACGACUUCAACCCCAUCACAGCUACAGCAGAGAGCGUCUCCCUGCUGGUGGGCUUCUCAGCAGGACAGGUGCAGCUCAUCGACCCGAUAAAGAAGGAAACCAGCAAACUCUUCAAUGAAGAGAGACUCAUCGACAAGUCCCGAGUAACGUGUGUACGAUGGGUUCCUGGUUCGGAGAGCUUGUUUCUGGUGGCCCACUCCAGUGGGAGCAUGUAUUUGUACAACGUGGAAAACACCUGCGGCACCACGGCGCCUCACUACCAGCUCCUUAAGCAGGGUGAAAACUAUGCUGUGCAUACCUGCAAGAGCAAGUCGGCUCGCAACCCGCUACUGCGCUGGACAGUGGGCGAAGGGGCGCUCAACGAGUUCGCCUUCUCUCCGGACGGCAAGUUUCUGGCGUGCGCGAGCCAGGACGGCUUCCUGCGGGUGUUUGGCUUCGACGCCGCAGAGCUCCACGGGACUAUGAAGAGCUACUUCGGCGGCUUGCUCUGCGUGUGCUGGAGCCCCGACGGACGAUACAUCGUGGCGGGAGGGGAGGACGACCUGGUGACGGUGUGGUCGUUUUCAGACUGCAGAGUGAUCGCGCGGGGGCACGGUCACAAGUCGUGGGUGAGUGUGGUGGCGUUCGACCACUGCACCACCAGCGUGGAGGACGGCGACCCCCCCGCUGAGUUCAGCGGGAGCGAUGAGGAAUUCCACGAGCAGAUUCACUUCGGUGCGGGCAGAGACAGAGCCAACAGCGCUCAUUCUCGGCUUUCUAAGAGGAACUCUACAGACAGUAGACCUGUUAGUGUGACAUACAGGUUUGGCUCAGUGGGACAGGAUACCCAGCUGUGUCUGUGGGACCUAACAGAGGACAUUCUCUUCCCUCACCUCCCUUUGUCCCGCACUAGGACUCACACUAAUGUUAUGAGUGCCACAAGCCCUCCAGCCACUGGACUAACUACUACUGCUGCUACUACUACUACUACAACUACUACUACAACUACUACUGUAUCCGCCACUAAUCCCAGUGGCACCAAUGGUAAAGACAAUGCGAGCAAUAGUAGCACCAGUGGCAACCCAGCGAACUCCCUCCCCAGCACCCUGCCUCGGUCCAACAGCUUGCCACACUCCUCCAACCCAACAGGGGGCAGCACCCCCAACAGUCACACAGGCAGCAACAGCAGCAGCAGCACCACCACCGCCACCGCCACCACGACCACAACGACCACCGCCACCACCACCGCCACCAAGGGCAACAGCAUCAUAGACAGCGCUUUCAUUGCCACCGGCGUCAGCAAGUUCGCAACGCUGUCGCUACACGACUCGCGCAAGGAGCGCCACGAGAAGGACCACAAGCGGAACCACAGCAUGGGCCACAUCAGCAGCAAGAGCAGCGACAAGCUCAACCAGCUCAGCUCGACGCGGACGGCGAAAGCGGAAGCGGCCAAGACUCUGGGCACCACGCUGUGCCCGCGCAUGGAGGACGUGCCGCUGCUCGAGCCGCUGGUGUGCAAGAAGAUCGCUCACGAGAGACUCACUGUGUUAAUCUUCCUUGAGGACUGUCUGGUAACAGCCUGUCAGGAGGGUUUCGUUUGCACAUGGGCUAGGCCUGGGAAAGUGGGUUUGCUAUCAUCUCAAAACAACCCAGCCAACUCCCCCAGUGGAACAGUAGUAUAGCCCCAGUGCUGGUGCUGCUAAUGACAGCUCCAUGCAACAGAGACGGGGGGAUGACCAAGGCCAAGGCCCCGCAGCGCUUCUUCACACACUGUCACACACCACAUGACCUCCAGUGUCACCUCCAUUCUCAUCACUACAAACCACCCCGAUGCUCUCUCUGUGUUACUGCUCAUGUUUAGAUAACCGAUGUUGGCCAAAGCCAGGGUUAGAAACUUGACGCCCCCUGUUUUUUGUCUGAGCGGUGACAAAGGGUGCCGUUGGAAGUAAGAUGGCAAGCUUUAAAUCGUCCAGGAGGUUUACGGGAGGGGUCGACUGGCUCAUUGUUCCAUCUGUGGUCAUAUCAAGUCGUGUCUAGUCUGAAAAUAACAAAACUCUAGUAACCCAAUCCUUUGUGCCUGUAGAUCUUCAAAAGACUAGACAUGCUAACCUUUUUUGUAUGGGUUUAAUUUGGACAUUUUCUCCUACAUUUUGUAUCUUCAAAUGUAUUCACAGAUAAAGGGAAUAAGAUGAGGGAGUGUUUUUGGAGCAGCAGCAUAUCCCCGACGCCAAGUCUCUUUCCACUUCCUGGGCAAUCUCCUGUGUGCAGCCCCAGUCCUCGACACCUGUUACUUCCUUUACAAAUAUUUUAAUCAGCCGGUAUCACACUUUAAAGUGUAUUUGCACAGAUUUUUCUUUCAUUCUUUUUUGUUUUUUUUUUCCCAUUUUGAAUUAAUGACGGUGGAACACAAGCAAAAUAUUUUGAAGACCUGCUUUGGAAGCACUUGGGAGGGGGAGGGGGGGAGGGAAGGGGACGGCUUGUUAUCGCCCUCUGUCUCAACGCUGGAUGCUGCAAUCAUAGUUUUUUAUAUGGAAAAAAAAAUUGUUUGCACUUAAUAGUUUGUUAGAGGAGAAUGGCUUUACAUUUUUGGAGUGUGUAAGGACUCCUUGACAAGGUUGAAAUAUAAAUAGAAUUAAAAAAAAAAACCUUUGUAUCUAUUGAACAUUUAUUUUAAUAUUGUUUCAGAUUAAAUGGGCUCUGUAUUAUAUGUAAAUAUUGUACUUCAAUGAUUUAUGGGUGAGAUGAUCAUUAUUACAUUAGUUCAAAGAUCCUCAUUUCAGAAAAUAGUGAUAUUUCUAAUACAGAAGAUCUAUACCUAAUAUUAAAAAAAACGAAUCUUGAAUAUGCAGGUGAAAAUGUUUCUUUUUCUGUUGUACAUAAAGAGAAUUCAGGUGUAUUUUUAUUAAUGAAACGUUUGGUAUAGGAGACAUCUAUGAAAAACCCUCUUAUCUAACAGGUAGUGCUGAACGCUAGCUAGCCUGUCGCUGCAGAUUCCUUUUAGGCAAGGUAUAGGCGCAGACGCAGCAGGCCUAAUUCAGCCAAUCACUCCGAGCUCAGGUAAACCACAGGAAGACUAACGCUGGCAUAGCUCCCCCUCACUUAGCCCCAUCCAUCAAAACAUGUGUGUGAAUUCACUUUAACUAACAAAUAAGACUGACAACCGUGUUCUGCGAGAUCGGGGCUUGCGGCGUGCGAGUCCUGUUGUUUGUGAGUAAUAAUAACUGAACUGAUGCUGAACUUGUGAACAAAAAAACAUUUGACACUGUGUUGAAUACCAACUGACUUAAAACGUCAGCACUUGAUGAUGGUGCAAGUGCUUGAGGUGAGCGUGUUUUUUCAAGCACCCCACAUAGGAAGACUGAGGAUAUUAACAGUGGGAGCCUUUUCCUCCAUGUGACGCCUAUUAAAAACAGCUUUGACAGAUUA